AUGCAGCGUAGAUCUGCAGGUACUCGAAGACAGCGAGCCUUACAGGCCUGCGACUUUUGUCACUCCAGAGGUCUGAAGUGUCGCCGAUCAUCUAUGACCGAGGCGACAUCCCGGGACGGUCACAGAACUUGUCUCACGUGCAUCGAUUACGGGUCCGAAUGCACAAUGAAUCGGCUUGUUCGGAAACGGGGUAGGAAGCCAGCGGUAGCAACUGGGAAAAGCAACAACCAGAAGCAGACCGGGAGUGAGAGCUCUGAUUUCAGGUCUCCGCAAUGCAUCCGUCGUCUAAUAGACAUCUACCGGGAUACAAUGUACCAGUGCUAUUUUCCAUUUCUUUCCGAGAACGACCUGGAAAGACGGUGGGCAGACAGCAUACCUAGUGCCAGUGAGACAGCGUACCUGCUUCUAAUGGCACUGUGUGCACUGAGCGCCCAGAGUCUCACUCUCAAAGCGGUAUUCGAUAGCACGUUGCUGGGCAAUGUUGUCUCGCAUGACAGCGACAUCUAUUUCAACGAAGCCGUUUCCCAUAUUCCAGCACGGAUUCCGGAUACACCUGAUCUUGACUACCUAAGAUCAUUCGGCCUCUUGGCUGUGUACUCGCUGAGAAGCGGUAGUAAGAGUGACCUUCACAGAUACCUCGGAUUAUGCCAUGCAUGGAUCGCUCAGCACGGGUUCAAUAUGGAAAAUAACUGGGACAGCUCCAUCUCGCUACUAGAGGUAGAUGACCGAAGACGUCUAUUUUGGUGUGUCUAUCGGCUUGAGAUUCAUUCAGCCUGCGUCCUUGGGCAUAUCAUCCGUCUCCCUGAAGCCCAGGUCUCGGUGCUUUACCCUCGUAUCACGCCUGCUAUGAGUCGCGAGACGCAGGCCUGGACAGCUGGAUGGGAUUAUAUCACCGAUCUUUUCCGAUUGAUGGAGUAUGCGAUACUCAAUCUUCGUCAGCGAAAGCCUCAUAGGGAUGUCGUUGCCGUGUUUUGCGACCGACCAUCCCCAAGGGCAUUGCUCGAUAGUCUGGAUCAACUAAAAGCCAGCAAACCUUUUAUACUCCGCGUCCUUUCGCAAUCACAUGACGAUUUUCAGAGCAAUCGGUGCAAGUUCAUGGCAGUUCAAAUAACUUGCACUGAGGCCCUUGUAAAUAUCAUGGGCCUGCUUCAUUGCCAGGCUCCAGUUGAUGAGGUGAUCAAAGUGGCGGAAGAUUUCCUGAAUGAGAUCACUGAAGCUUCUCUUAUCAUGUUCAAAGUCGCAAGCAGUCAGAUUGUUCACCAACUGCUUGGCGUUGGCCAUAUGGUGUAUAAUGCAUUUCUUUAUGACGAGAACCAAUCCCAAUUGGCUGUAGGGCGGCUCGUUACGUAUCUAGAGGAUAUUGUCAAGAAUUUGGAACAGGACAUUCCCACGGCGACCGAGGCAAGAGAGCAAUUGCGAAAGCUGGCAAAAUGUAUUAUAUAA